GUUUCUUGCACGAGCUGCCAGUCCCUCCUUCAAAGAAGCCCACCUCUUCCGAGGACUUCUUACGUCCAAGAUCCAGACCGAGCUUUGCUGUCGCCUCGAUCGCCUCGCCACAGGAUGGCUGACUACGCGACCCAAGGCCAGUACGGCGGCGGCUACGCCGAUGGAUACGACAAUGACGAUCGCUACGAUGUCGAGGGCGGUUUCGAUGACGGCACGGCCCUGGGCGGCGAGGACAGCAUCACGCCCGAAGACUGCUGGGAGGUCAUUUCUUCCUACUUUGACAUGAAGGGCCUCGUCUCGCAGCAGAUCGACUCGUUCGACGAAUUCACGACAACCACCAUCCAGUCUCUCGUCGACGAAUAUGCCGAUCUGACUCUGGACCACCCGAAUCCCGGCGACGACAGCGGCCGUGACAUUGCGAUGCGCCGCUACGACAUCCAUUUCGGGAACGUCAUGAUUUCCAAGCCGACCCUUACCGAGACGACGGGUGAAACCACCGUGCUGCUUCCGUACGAAUGCCGCGACCGCAACCUGACAUAUUCUGCACCUAUGUAUUGCAGAGUCUCGAAGCGCGCCCGUGUCGCUGUCAACGAGGAAGUGCGCCUGGAGGACAUGGACGACGACCAGCGUGCGUAUAUGGCCCAGACGGGCGAGGUCCCCAAGACGAUCCGGUGGGAGGAAGAAGACACUGGGCCUCGAGAGGGCAUCGCCAAGGGAGAUGAUGACGAGCAAGGCGACUUGAUUUUCCUCGGCAAGCUCCCCGUGAUGGUCAAGUCGCAGGUCUGCCACCUGCACGGCGAGGACGACGAGUCGCUCUUUCAGCUCAAUGAGUGCCCGUAUGACCAAGGCGGCUACUUCAUCAUCAACGGAAGCGAAAAAGUCCUGAUUGCUCAGGAGCGCUCCGCCGCCAAUAUCGUCCAGGUGUUCAAGAAGCCUCCGGGAGGCAGCGUCUCAUAUCAGGCCGAGAUCCGGUCCGCGCUCGAGAAAGGCUCGCGACUCAUCUCGUCUCUGCAAAUGAAGCUGCACACGAAGGCCUCGCCCGAUAAGGGAAGGCAAGCCAACACUGUCAGCGUCACGCUGCCAUACGUCCGAGAGGAUGUGUCGCUCGCCAUCGUCUUCCGCGCGCUCGGCAUCGUCUCCGACGAAGAUAUCCUGAACCACAUCUGCUAUGAUCGGUCCGACACGCAGAUGCUCGAGGCGCUGCGGCCGUGCAUCGAAGAAGCCUUCUGCAUCCAGGACCGGGAGAUUGCGCUCGACUUUAUCGGCAAGCGAGGCAACGGCAACGCCGGACAGAACCGCUCAAACCGGAUUCGGGCUGCCAAGGACCUGCUGCAGAAGGAAAUGUUGCCCCACAUCUCGCAAACGGAGGGCUGCGAGACGAGGAAGGCCUUCUUCCUUGGCUACAUGGUGCACAAGCUACUCCAAUGCGCGCUUGGCCGCCGGGACACGGACGACCGCGAUCACUUCGGCAAGAAGAGGCUAGAUCUCGCGGGCCCUCUGCUGGCCAAGCUCUUCCGGGGCAUUAUCCGCCGCAUGACGCAGGACCUGAUGUCCUACAUGAAGCGCUGCAUCGACACGAACAAGAACUUCUCCCUCGCCCUGGGCAUCAAGCACUCCACGCUCACCAACGGCUUGAAGUACUCGCUGGCCACGGGCAACUGGGGCGACCAGAAGAAGGCGAUGAGCUCGACGGCCGGAGUGUCGCAGGUGCUGAACCGAUACACCUUCGCUUCGACGCUGUCGCAUUUGAGGAGGACCAACACGCCGAUCGGGCGCGACGGCAAGCUCGCGAAACCCCGCCAGCUUCACAACACGCACUGGGGCUUGGUCUGCCCCGCCGAAACGCCCGAAGGGCAAGCCUGCGGUCUCGUCAAGAACCUGUCGCUGAUGUGCUACGUCAGCGUGGGCACGCCGGCGGAGCCCAUCGUCGAGUUCAUGAUCGCGCGGAACAUGGAAGUGCUCGAGGAGUACGAGCCUCUUCGGUACCCUAAUGCGACCAAGGUCUUUGUCAACGGCACGUGGGUCGGCGUCCACCAGGAUCCAAAGCACCUUGUGUCGCUGGUGCAGGGUCUGAGGAGAAAGAACGUCAUCUCUUUCGAGGUCUCGCUGGUUCGGGACAUUCGUGACCGCGAGUUCAAGAUCUUCUCAGACGCCGGCCGCGUCAUGAGGCCGCUCUUCACCGUGGAGCAGGAAGACAACGGCGCAAACGGUGUCGAGAAGGGCCAGCUGAUUCUGAACAAGGAGCACAUCCAGCGCCUGGAGGCGGACAAGGAAUUAGGUAAAUACCACCCCGACUACUGGGGCUGGAAGGGUCUCCUGAGGUCGGGUGCGAUCGAGUACCUCGACGCGGAGGAGGAGGAGACGGCCAUGAUCUGCAUGAGCCCGGAAGAUCUCGACAUGUUCCGCCUCAGCAAGAUGGGCUUCAACGUGACCGACACGUCCGGCCAAGGCAACAGCCGGAUCAGGACCAAGAUCAACCCGACGACCCACAUGUACACGCACUGCGAGAUCCACCCCAGCAUGCUGCUGGGCAUCUGCGCCAGUAUCAUCCCGUUCCCAGACCACAACCAGUCGCCCAGAAACACGUACCAAUCGGCCAUGGGGAAGCAAGCCAUGGGCUUCUUCCUCACCAACUACUCGCGCCGCAUGGACACGAUGGCCAACAUCCUCUACUACCCGCAGAAGCCGCUGGCGACGACGCGGUCGAUGGAGUUCCUCAAGUUCCGGGAGCUGCCGGCCGGGCAGAACGCCAUCGUCGCCAUUGCCUGCUACUCGGGCUACAACCAGGAAGACUCGGUGAUUAUGAAUCAGAGCAGCAUCGACCGCGGCCUCUUCCGCAGUCUCUUCUUCCGGUCGUACACGGACUGUGAGAAGCGCGUGGGCAUCAACAUCAUCGAGAAGUUUGAGAAGCCCAACCGCAGCGACACGCUCCGGCUGAAGCACAGCACGUACGACAAGCUCGACAUGGACGGCAUCGUCGCGCCCGGCGUCCGCGUUUCCGGGGAGGACAUCAUCAUCGGCAAGACGUGCCCCAUCAACCCCGAGAAUGCCGAGCUCGGCCAGCGCUCGACGCAGCACGUCAAGCGCGACGCCUCGACGCCGCUGCGCAGCACCGAGAGCGGUAUCGUCGACUCGGUCAUCCUGACGACCAACCAGGACGGCAUGCGCUACGUCAAGGUUCGGGUGCGGACGACCAAGAUCCCGCAGAUCGGAGAUAAGUUCGCGUCCCGCCACGGGCAGAAGGGCACCAUCGGCGUCACGUUCCGGCAGGAGGACAUGCCGUUCACGUGCGAGGGCAUCACGCCCGACAUCAUCAUCAACCCGCACGCCAUCCCGUCGCGCAUGACCAUCGCCCACUUGAUCGAGUGCCUGCUGUCCAAGGUGUCGACACUCAAGGGCAUGGAGGGCGAUGCGACGCCGUUCACCGAGGUGACGGUCGACUCGGUGUCGGCGCUGCUGCGCGAGCACGGCUACCAGUCGCGCGGCUUCGAGAUCAUGUACCACGGCCACACGGGCCGCAAGCUGCGGGCGCAGGUCUUCUUCGGCCCGACCUACUACCAGCGCCUGCGGCACAUGGUGGACGACAAGAUCCAUGCGCGGGCGCGCGGCCCGCUGCAGAUCAUGACGCGGCAGCCGGUCGAGGGCCGCGCGCGCGACGGCGGCCUGCGCUUCGGCGAAAUGGAGCGCGACUGCAUGAUCGCCCACGGCGCCGCCAGCUUCCUCAAGGAGCGCCUGUUCGAGGUCUCGGAUGCCUUCCGCGUGCACAUCUGCGAGAUCUGCGGGCUCAUGACGCCCAUUGCAAACCUGACCAAGCAGUCGUUCGAGUGCCGGCCCUGCAAGAACAAGACCAAGAUCGCGCAGGUGCACAUCCCGUACGCGGCCAAGCUGCUCUUCCAGGAGCUCAUGUCCAUGAACAUCGCCUCGCGCAUGUUCACCAGCCGGUCGGGCAUCUCGGUGCGCUAGAGCCCGAGCUGGGAGAGAUAGGGAUGGCGGAUGGCGGAAGAGAAAAAUUGCAUGCAUUCCUGAGGUCGUUGGGGCGUUUCGCUUUCCUUUUUGCUAGCGCGCGGGACUACGGCAGCUCAGUUGUGGCCUCUUAGUUUUUCUUCUUUCAAGCGGGCUUUAGGGUAAGAUCUGCAUCAGAUACAAACAGUAUCGUGG